CCCAUAAGUCUCACACAUACACAAGCAUACACAACACACACGCAGUUGUUGUUGUGUCGCGUCGCGCUAAAAACACGAAACGAAAGAAAAAUGUUGAAAAUUUCAACAAAGCUCGCGCCCAGUGAAAUAAAUUCCAAUUGGUGCUCAAUGAAUAACGUGUACUCAAAUGCUAACUACUUAAAAUGUAUGCGAUUGAAUUACGAACGGCGUCUUUAUGGCAUUUAAUUCGUAAUUUCGAAUAUAAAUGACAUUUCGAUACAUACACACACACAUAUGCAUCAAUCUUAAAAGAGGGGCAGAGAACAGUGAAAAACUGGUAUAUAAAAGACGACGCCAAAUGAAAAAGACAGGGCGAAACGGGUUGAGCGAGAGAGAAAAAGAAAAAACACAAUACGCCACAAAGCAGCAGUAAAAAUUAAACGGUGUAACAAUUUGCCAAAAAACAAAUACAAUUAUUUAUCUCGCUCGUAAUGUCACAACACAACAAUCCCCCUCCGCAUCAUCAUCACUACUACCAGCAACAGCAGCAACAAUUACAACAGCAACAUCACCACCAUCAGCAGCAACAACAUCACCACCAACAACAACAACAGCUACAACAUAAACAAAUACAGCAGCAACACAAUUGGUACUCACAUGUUGCUUCCUACCCUCCCCACCAUUCGCAGGCCGCCGCGGCCUUUGCGGAGCCCUGCAAAGCCAGCAGCAACAACAAUAACAACAAUAGCGUUAUGAAUGCAUACGGCUCUGGAGUUGUUGCAAGUGGUACGCAGGCAACGUAUUAUGGGGCAGCAGCAGCUGGUGGUGGGGUUGGAUAUAACCUUGAGGCCAAUACUGUUGCCUAUGCGCACAACCAGCUGCUGCAGUACCAACAACAACAACAACAGCAGCAACAACAUCACCAGCAGCAUCAGCAACAACAACAUCAUGUGCUUAAUCAACGCUCUUCUUAUCUGCCGCAUGGUUCAAUGCAUAGCUCUUAUCCUUAUAUCAAGAGCGAGCCAUUGGAGUUGCCCGAUGAUAGACAACGACAGCCACAACAACAACAGCAGCAUCAUCAACAACAACAUCACCAGCAACAACAACAGCAUUUCCAAAAUCCUAUGGCACCGCCGCCAGCUCCCGCCAAUCAUCGUCACAGUCUUGAUGCCAGCGGUGAAAUGAUAAUAAAAUCGGAACCCAUUGACGAACAUGCCUACAAAUCAAGCUAUAUCGAUGAUAAUACGCCAUUUGUUGAUUUUAGUAAAUAUCCCGAAUUCGGCGACGACAUGCUGAGUCCGAAGGUGGAAUUAACCGUCAAAGACGAGGGCUAUGGCAGUCAAAAAGUUCCCAACCCGCUUAGCUAUCCGCGGCGCAAGCUGCAAACGGAUCGCUCAUCGGAAAGUCUUCUCAUAUGCCAGCGUUGUAAGGAGGUGUUCUUUAAAAGAUCGAUCUACUUGCGACAUGUGGCCGAGAGCAGUUGCAACAUACAGGAGUAUGACUUCAAGUGCAACCUCUGCACCAUGUCCUUCAUGACCAGCGAUGAGCUGCAGAAACACAAGCAUCUGCACAGAAUGGACAAGUUCUUUUGCCACAAAUACUGUGGCAAGUACUUUGAUACAAUUGCCGAAUGCGAAUCGCAUGAGUACAUGCAGCACGAAUAUGAAAACUUUGUGUGCAACAUGUGCUCCAUGACGUUUGUCACGCGGGAACAACUCUAUGGUCAUUUGCCGCAGCACAAAUUCCAGCAGCGUUACGAUUGUCCCAUUUGUCGCCUGUGGUAUCAAACCGCUUUGGAGUUGCACGAGCAUCGUUUAGCGGCGCCGUACUUCUGCGGCAAGUACUACGCACCCGCUCAAUCGGCAGUUCAUCAGCAACAACCACAUCAACAACAUUCACAUCAACAGCAUCAGCAACAGGCCAACUACAAACUUCAGGAUUGUCACAUGGGCACCAUUGAAAUGCCUUCGCCGCAACACAAAACUAAUACAUCAUCAGCAAACGCAUUGCCGGCAACAGCAGCGCUCAAUUCGUUGUUGCAACAGCGUCAAGCCAAUGCCGAUAAUGCCGCAUUGUUUGCUUCCACAUUGAAGAACGAGGCGAAUGUGAAGCUGGAGCGAAGCUACAGCAAUUCAACGAGCGAAUCUGGUUACAGUCUACACGAUAACAGUAGCUACAACAAUGCCUAUGGCAGCGACAACUCGAUUCAUGCCGCAGCCGGAGGCGGUGGUGGCGGCGGCUCUGGUGGUGCCAUUGGAGGUCCGCAGGCGCACUCCUCCACACUGGACGACUCGGAGGAUGCUCUUUGCUGUGUGCCUUUGUGUGGAGUGCGCAAGAGCACCAGUCCAACGCUGCAGUUCUUCACGUUCCCCAAAGAUGAGAAGUAUCUGCAUCAGUGGCUGCAUAAUCUCAAGAUGUUUCACAUUCCGGCAUCGAGCUAUGCGAGCUUUCGCAUUUGCAGCAUGCACUUUCCGAAGCGUUGCAUCAAUCGCUAUUCGUUGUGCUAUUGGGCGGUGCCCACAUUCAAUCUGGGCCACGAUGAUGUUGCCAAUCUGUAUCAGAAUCGCGAGCUGACCAACACAUUUACCACCGGCGAGGUGGCACGCUGCAGCAUGCCCAACUGCACCAGCCAGCGGGGCGAGAGCAAUCUCAAGUUCUACAAUUUUCCCAAGGAUAUCAAGAGUCUGAUUAAAUGGUGCCAGAAUGCCCGUCUGCCCGUCCAGGCCAAGGAGCCGCGUCACUUUUGCAGUCGCCACUUUGAGGAGCGUUGCAUUGGAAAGUUCCGGCUGAAACCGUGGGCAGUGCCCACCUUACAUUUGGGCGCUCAGUACGGCAAGAUCCAUGACAAUCCCAAGAAUCUGUAUGUGGAGGAGAAGCGUUGCUGCCUUAACUUUUGUCGUCGCAGUCGCUCGUCCGACUUCAAUAUGUCGCUUUAUCGCUUUCCGCGCGAUGAGGUGCUGCUUCGACGCUGGUGCUAUAAUUUACGACUCGAUCCUUCCGUCUAUCGCGGCAAGAAUCACAAAAUAUGCAGCGCUCACUUUAUCAAAGAGGCUUUGGGACUGCGCAAACUAUCGCCGGGUGCUGUUCCCACGCUGCAUUUGGGGCACAACGACACGUUCAACAUCUACGAGAAUGAGCUGUGGCCACCACCGACGCCUUCCACGCCCACCAACCACCAUCAGCAGCAACUGCAGCAGCAUCAGUUGCAGCAACACCAGCAGCAACAACAACAGCAUCACAAAUAUCAACGUCAAUCGGCAGCCUCAACAUCUUCUUCAGCCAGCUCAUCGCACUAUGUGGAUGCUGGAGACAUGGGUGGAUCGUACAUGGGCAUGGGCAACUCAGGAGGCUCUUCGUCCGGCCUGAAUGUGAGCGACAGUAUGGACGUGUGCUGUGUGCCGAGCUGCGAGAGCAAGCGGCACAAUAAUGAGAACAUCACAUUCCACACGAUACCGAGAAGGCCCGAGCAGAUGCGCAAAUGGUGUCACAAUCUAAAGAUACCCGAGGAUAAGAUGCAUAAGGGAAUGCGCAUCUGCAGUCUGCACUUUGAACCCUAUUGCAUUGGCGGUUGCAUGCGUCCGUUUGCCGUGCCCACGUUGCAAUUGGGCCACGACGACGAGGACAUUCAUCGCAAUCCGGAUGUGAUCAAGAAGCUGAACAUAAGGGAAACCUGUUGUGUGGCUGUCUGCAAGCGUAAUCGCGAUCGUGAUCAUGCCAAUCUGCAUCGCUUCCCCAGCAAUGUGGCGUUGCUGACCAAGUGGUGUGCGAACCUCCAGCGCCCGGUACCGGAUGGCACUAAGCUCUUCAACGAUGCCAUCUGCGAGGUGCACUUCGAGGAUCGCUGUCUACGCAACAAGCGGCUGGAGAAGUGGGCAGUGCCAACGUUGAUACUCGGCCACGAGAACAUCGCCUAUCCGCUGCCCACGGCAGAGCAGGUGGCCGAGUUCUACGCUCGACCCAGUGCACCCAACAAUGGCGAGGAGCAGGGCGAGUGCUGUGUGGACACGUGCAAGCGUAAUCCCAGCGUUGAUGACAUCAAACUCUAUCGCCCGCCUGAAGAGUCGCAAGUGCUGGCCAAAUGGUCGCACAAUCUGCAGCUGGACGCUGCGAAGUUAUCCAGCUUGAGGAUCUGCAAUCUGCACUUUGAGGCGCACUGCAUUGGGAAGCGCAUGCGUCCCUGGGCGAUACCCACGCUCAAUUUGGCGACAAACAUUGAGAAUCUCUACGAGAAUCCCGAGCACCAAAUGCUCUAUAAGCGACGCACGCAUCUCAAAACCAAACGUGCCGCUAAUCACGAGGCGGGUGGCGUGAAACCGACCUGGGUGCCACGCUGUUGUCUGCCACAUUGCCGCAAGGUGCGUGCACUGCAUAAUGUGCAACUGUAUCGCUUUCCUAAGCUCAAUCGCUCCACGCUGGCCAAGUGGGCGCACAAUCUGCAAGUGCCGCUGGUGGGCAGCGCCCAAAGACGCCUCUGCUCGGCGCACUUUGAGCCGCACGUGCUCAGCAAGAAAUGUCCGGUACCACUGGCUGUGCCUACGCUUGAUCUGAACUCACCACCUGGCUACAAGAUCUAUCAGAAUCCCGCCAAGCUCAAGGCCAACAAGUUGUGCCUGCAACGCGUCUGCAUUGUAGAGAGUUGUCGCCGGCAGCGUGGUCAGGGCGUGCAGCUCUUCCGGCUGCCACACAAUCCUACGCAGCUGCGCAAAUGGAUGCACAACAUACGCAUGCGACCCAGAGGCGCCAUGCGGCAACAGUAUCGUAUGUGCUCCAUUCACUUUGAGACGCACUCCUUCAAUGGCAAGCGGUUGAGUGCGGGAGCCAUCCCAACGCUCGAGUUGGGUCACAAUGACGACGAUAUCUAUCCGAAUGAAGCGCAAUCGUUUGUUGAGGAACACUGCACUGUUGAGGGCUGUGAGGCUUCCAAGGAGCAGCCCGAUGUACGUCUCUUCCGCUUCCCCACCGACGACGAAGAUCUGCUGUGGAAGUGGUGCAACAAUCUCAAGAUGAAUCCCGUGGAUUGCAUUGGUGUGCGCAUCUGCAACAAACACUUUGAGCUGGACUGCAUCGGACCCAAGCAUCUGUACAAAUGGGCGAUACCGACACUGCAUCUGGGUCAUGACGAUGAGCAGAUCGAGCUGAUUGACAACCCCAAGCCCGAAGAACGCUAUGUGGAUCCCGUGUUCAAGUGCUGCGUACCGACAUGCGGCAAGACGCGCAAGUUUGAUGAGGUGCAGAUGAAUAGCUUUCCCAAGGAUCCGAACAUGUUUCAGCGCUGGCGACACAAUUUGCGACUGGACCAUCUCAAUUUCAAGGAGCGCGAACGCUACAAGAUUUGCAAUGCGCACUUUGAGGACAUUUGCAUAGGGAAGACGCGGCUUAACAUUGGCUCGAUACCCACACUCGAGUUGGGGCACGAGGAGACGGAGGAUCUAUUCCAAGUGAAUCCCGAGGAGCUGCAAAGCAAUCUCUUUGGACGUCAGCGUCGAGUGAAUUCUUCGAUGGGCAUGAGCAUCAAGCAGGAGGACAACUCGGAGGUGGACGAGGACAUUAAGCCUGACUUGAAUAUGUUGGAGGCAAAAGACAGAAAUAUCGCACAGGUAAAGAUCAAGCGUUCUCUAGCGGAUUACAAGUGUUGUGUGCCAGACUGUGGACGCAGUCGCUUGGAGCAUGGCGCUCGCCUGUUUCCCUUCCCCAAUGGCAAGCAGCAGCAGAGCAAGUGGCGCCAUAAUCUUCGCCUGCAGCCCGAUGAAGUGGAUCGCAGCACACGAGUCUGCAGUGCGCAUUUCAAUCGUCGUUGCAUUGAUGGCAAGCAGCUAAGGAGUUGGGCCAUGCCCACGCAGCAGCUGGGUCAUCAGGAAUUGCCCAUCUAUGAGAAUCCAAAGAAUAUACCGGGCUUCUUUACGCCCACCUGUGCGCUGGCUCAUUGUCGCAAGCGUCGCAGCAUUGACAACGAUCUGCGUACUUAUCGCUAUCCGCGUAGCGAAGAUCUGCUCGAGAAGUGGCGCGUUAAUCUGCGCUUGGCGCCGGAUCAGUGUCGUGGACGCAUUUGUGCGGAUCACUUUGAGCCUAUGGUGCGCGGCAAGCUGAAGCUGAAGACGGGCGCAGUGCCCACGCUGAAGUUGGGUCACAACGAAGGCGUUGUCUUUGACAAUGAGGCUAUUAAGGCGGGACUGCAGCAAGAGGCGGAGGAAGGUGGCGAUCAGGAGACCAGCACGGAAUCGCUAGUCAAAGUGAAGCAGGAGAGACUCGAUCCCGAAGAGGAGCCGGCUGAUGAUCUGGAGCAGCAACACGACGACGAUGAGCAAGUAGAUCAUGGCUACUUUGACCCUCUAGAGCUGGUCGAGACGUUUGCUGAGCAGCACAGCGCUGAAGAUGAGGACGAAGUCAAUGACGACGAUGACGAAGAUGAAGAUGAGGAUGAGCCGGGCGACGAUGAUGAGCUGCUACUACCAGACACACCCCCUGUGAAGCGACUGCCGCCUUUGGUGCUGCCGCCGCGGCGCGAGAAAGCCGUGAACAAUGUGACCCCCAUCUGCUGCCUGAAACACUGUCGCAAGGAGCGCACGGCGAGCCAUCAACUGAGCACCUUUGGUUUCCCAAAGGAUCGGCAACAGCUGCUCAAAUGGAGCGCCAAUCUACAGCUAUCGCUUGACGAUUGUGUGGGACGCGUGUGCAUCGAACACUUUGAGUCGGAGAUGCUAGGCACACGCAAGCUGAAGCAGCAUGCGGUGCCCACCUUGAAUCUGGGUCACGCAACGCCCCUCAGCUACAGUUGCAAUGGUCAGGCAUUGAGCAUCUACGAUGCUCAGCCGCAGCAUUCGGUUUUUCGGCUUUGGAGCCUGAAACAUUGCCGCAAACGGAAGCAUCCAACGGAACCGCCGGAUCAGCAGCAGAAGCACCGGCAGCUGGAUCAGAACCCCACAACGAUGAUGACUAAGCGACGCUGUUGCUUGCCCAGCUGUGGCAAGCAGCCGGAAGUGCAUGGCGUACAAUUGCAGCGACUGCCCAGCAAUCGCAUUCAGCUUCGCAAGUGGCUGCACAAUCUCAAGCUAUCCCCAAUGCUAGACAGCAGUCAGGCGCGUCUCUGCAGCGAACACUUUGAGCCGGAGCUGCUGGACCAUGUGGAGGAUGCGGUGCCCACACUGCGACUGGGACACGAUGACACGCACAUCUAUCGCAAUCGUGGCAACAUCGCGGCAGCCUCCACGUCGAGUGCCUGCUUGGUGGCCAGUUGCCCGUGUGCUCGUCUCAAUCUCUAUCGCUGUUACGAUCUGCCCGAACAUCGUCUGGUGCAGCAAGCUUGGCUGCAGUGGUUAGAGCUGCCGCUGCCCCAACAAGCCAGCGAUGGCAAGCUCUGUGUCAUGCACUUCAUGCAGCUCUUCGAGCAGGUGCCGCUGCCCGCGGAGUUGCCAGGCUCGGUGCUCCGUCAACUGCAGGAGACUUAUGAUCUCAUUGGAGGCUCCACGAUGGCCAUGAAGUUGCGCUGCGCUGUGCCCGGCUGUUACUCGAAGUACACGGACAACAUCAGGCUGACCAAGCUUCCCAUGUGUCCCGGCAUGUGCUCCAAAUGGGUGCACAACACCAAGAUCAACUACGAUGCAACGCGUCACUAUGUCUAUCGCAUCUGCAUGCUGCACUUUGAGUCUCGCUGCUUGGGCCCUGUGCGUCCCAAGCUGUGGGCGGUGCCAACGCUGCACUUGAACCACAACGAUGCGAAUAUCUAUCAGAACCCGAAGUUGGAUGGGCAAUUCCCGUCAGCUCCAGUGCCGCCUCCUGUGCCCGUUGCCAUGACGGCGUCGGUACCCGUUGCUUUGACAGCGUCGGUGCCAGUUGAGUUGCCGCUGCGCAUCAAGACGGAGCUGGCCUUUAGUGGCAGUCCCAGCGCCAGUGCAAGUCCCAGUCCGCGUGGAAAGCUGCGCUUCUGCUGCAUCCCCAGCUGCUUGCAACAGGCUACGUCGCAGACGCGACUCUUUCGUUUCCCCACCGCUGAAACGGCGCUGCUCAAGUGGCUGGUGAAUACGCAGCAACAGCCGCGUUUGGUGGAUACCCAGCAGCUGUUCAUUUGCCAGGAUCAUUUCGAGGAGGAAGCCAUCUGCAAGAAGCAGCUGCGCAGUUGGGCGGUGCCCACAUUAAAGCUGGGUCACGAUGGCCAUGUCAUACCGAAUGCCAGGCACAAUGGCAACAUUGCCGACAGCCAGGAGAACAAGCAGACGUUACAGUACAUCUGGGAGAACUAUUGUUCCGUCUUGAGCUGCUUCCAGCCGCGUAGCGAGGAAUUGCGUCUCUACGCUUAUCCCACGGAUCGACCCACCAUUCGCAAGUGGGCGACCAACUGCAAGCAUCGCUCCAUGCAGGCCAGCAGCGAUGGUUUCCAGGUCUGCCAGCUGCACUUUGCACCACAUUGCUUUGACCGGGAGACGGGCGAGUUGAGAGAGGAUGCGGUGCCCACGCUGGAACUGAGUCGAUGCCUAAACGAUGUACAUUGCAUCGUCGCUGGCUGUGUGAAAGACGAGGAUGGACCGCGUCAACGCUUCUACAAGAUGCCCAAGCGCAGUGCUCAACUGCUUAGCUGGUGUCACAAUCUGCGUUUGGAUGCGGCAACCAUGGGCGGUGGGGAGCAUCACGUCUGCGAUCGCCACUUCGAAACGCAGUGCAUCAAUCAACAAAAACUGCUACGACCCGGCGCACGUCCUACUCUCCACCUGGGCCACGAUGAGCCCAUUGAAUUGAUGCCCAAUCCAGCGGAAUGGGAUGCAACGGAUGCUGCGGCUGCUGUAGACAAUGUAUGCUGUGUGCCCAACUGCGGUCUGGCCAAGGAUGAGGAGGAGGAUGUGCAGCUGUUUGCCUUUCCGAAGCUGCGGUCGCUCGCCGAAAAGUGGCUACAGAAUAUACGCCUCGAAAACAUAAGUCGCGAGCAGCUGAUGCGACUGAGGAUCUGCAGCGCACACUUCGAUGAUAGCUGCCUGGAGAGCAACGGACGUCCACAGCUGGGCGCCAUGCCCACGCUGCAACUGGGUCACGAGGACAACGGGAACAUUCAUCGCAGCACCGAUGCUGCUGCCGUUAAGGCUAAGAAGUUCUGUAAUCGAAGUGGCUCCAGCUAUGACUGCUGCUAUCCGCAAUGUGUGGAGCUGCAGAAGAGUUACCUGAGGAUUAGCUACGAUCUACCACAAUCGGAGGCACUGCGUCUCAAGUGGCUGGAGUACAUGGGUCUGGAAAAGACGGAAGAGAAGCUCUUGAAGCUGUGCCCGCUGCACUUGGUGCUGCUCUACGAUCACAGCGUCGAACAUUUUGCAGAGGAACACACGCCCGAGCAGCAGUUGGACGCCAACUACGAGGACAGUCGGAACAGUGUGCGAUUGCGAGUCAUCAGCUGCGCGGUGCCCGGCUGCCGUACGCUAAAGCCACGCGAUGGUGGCAUACUUUAUGGAUUGCCGCAGCGUCGCGAUGUGCUUGAGAUGUGGCUACACAACAUGCAGCUGGUGUUCUAUGAGCAGCAGCGUUACAUGUACAAGAUAUGCAGCAAACACUUUGAGCCCUGCUGUUUUAUGGACAGCACGCGACGCUUGAAACCGUGGACAAUGCCAACGCUGGAACUACCGCCGCGCGAUGCGGAAGAAGCACCCAUUUAUCCCAAUCCCAGCGAGCAGGAGUGGCAGCGCAUGAACGAACUGCUGGCGGUAGAGCAGCUGCAACCGCAACCAGAGGAGCAGCAGCAGCCAGAGGAGCUAUGCAACUUACUGGAGCCAAUUGUGAAGAUGGAGCACAUUGAAAGGGAUGAGGAUGAAGAGGAGUGUCACGAGUAUCAAGAGCAGCAAGAGGAAGAACUGCAGCCGGAUAAUGUCGAUGACAACUCACAGCAACCGCUGGCGCUUGAGGUGCUGCUCGAGGUAGGUCACGUGGAAAAGUGCACCACGUAUGAGCAAAUGGACAACGAGGCGAAUUUGAGCUAUGCCGAACAGCAGCAGCAUCUGAUGCACGGAUAUGGAGGCGGAGCGGCUUCAAGGGGUCACUUGGGCAGCAAUGGAUUCAAGUACACCGCGCGUCAUUGCAGCGUACAGGGCUGCGAUGUGACUGUGAACGAUGUGAAUGGUAACAUUAAGCUGCACAAGUUUCCCACCUCGCUGGAUGCCAUGGAGAAGUGGAAGCACAACACCCAGGUGGAAGUGGAUCUGAAUUACUCGUGGCGUUUUCGCAUCUGUAGCUAUCACUUUACCGAGGAAUGUUUCCAUGGCGCUCGCAUCAAACGGGGUGCUAUGCCAACGCUUAGUUUGGGGCCGCGACGACCGCCUAAGAUCUAUGACAAUGAGUUUGGCACCACUCUGCCGCUCCCGGAGCCGGAACAGCUGCAGCUCAAAGAGGAGAAACAGGUUUCCAGGCCAAUAAAGGAUAGCGAUAUUAGUCUACGGCUGCCGGAGCCGGCGCCGCCGCGCAAGUCGAGCAAAUUUUGUCAGGUCGAUGGUUGCCCGAAUCAUUUGACCAGCGAGAACUUGACGCUACAUAAGUUUCCACAUGAUGUGGACAUGUGCGCCAAGUGGCAACACAAUACGCAGGUGCCCUUUGAUCCCGAAUAUCGUUGGCGUUAUCGCAUCUGCAGCGCCCACUUUGAACCCAUUUGCCUGUUGAAUAUGCGAUUGUUACACGGCAGCGUGCCCACCUUGAAGCUGGGACCGCGUGCGCCGCGGGAGCUUUUCGAUAGCGACUUUGAAGCCAUUAACUUGCGGCUGGACAAGCAGAAGAACAGCAGUGGUGAACUACACUUCCCCAUCAAACUGGAGCAGGACUUUCAGGAGGAGGAGGAAGCGGAGCUGAGCUAUUUGGUGCCCGAAAUGCAAUUGCACGAGGAAAUGGAGCAGGCGCACGGCAGAUCGAGCAACUGGGAGGAGCUGCGCUUGCCCAGCAUCAAGCAUGAGGCUGAGGAGCAAUCAGUGACCAGCUACAAUCCGGUCAAGUCGGGCUACGACAAGUGUUCGCUGGUGCAUUGCCAGCGUCAGCGUUCGCAGCACGGUGUGCACAUUUACAAGUUUCCACGCUCUCGCCAGCAGCAGCAGCGCUGGAUGCACAAUCUGCGCAUCAAGUACGACGAGCGACGGCCCUGGAAGACGAUGAUCUGUAGCGUACACUUCGAGCGCAGCUGCAUCCGGCUGCGCAAGCUAUGUUCGUGGGCGGUGCCCACUUUGGAGUUGGGCGAUAAUGUGCCGCUGGAGAUCUAUACGAAUGAGCAGAGUCGCCAGCAACUGGAAGUAGCCAGCGAUUGUGAGGAUAUGCCGUUGGAGGAUGGCUACGAGGAUGACGAUUACGAUGAUGAUUUGGCCCAGCAGAUGGCCAAUGAACCGCUGGUAAAACGCGAGCGUCGCUCACGUCUCGAUCCCUUGCCGCCGGGGCAACUGCCGCCUUGGAAGAUCAAAGUGUGCUCGCUGCCCUAUUGUCGCAGUCCGCGAGGCGAUGGCAUCAAGCUGUUUCGGCUGCCCAACAACACCAGUUCCAUACGCAAGUGGGAGCAGGCGACUGGUAUGCGUUUCACCGAAGCGCAGCGCAAUACGAAGCUCAUCUGCAGUCGGCACUUUGAUCCGCAGCUGAUUGGAGUGCGGCGUCUCAUGUACAAUGCAGUUCCGACGCUCAAUCUGGGUCCAAGGAGUGGGGAGAGUUCAGCUGCGUUGCUGCCUGAUGUUGGACCACGCUGCUGUAUGCUCAAUUGUCAAGCCGAAGGCAAGGAUGCCAAGCUGCACAAGUUUCCAAGUGAUCCCAUGCUGCUGCAUCAGUGGUGUCAUGCACUGAAUCUCUCGGACAUUCAACGCUAUCGUGGCAAGCACAUUUGUGCCCUGCAUCUGCCCGCCAAGACACCCAAUUGCAUUGUUUGCGGCAUUGAGCAAUUGCAGUUGCCACUCCUCGACUUCCCAGAGAAUCGCAAUCUGCGUGCCAAGUGGUGCUAUAAUCUCAAAAUCGAACCCAUUGCCAAAUGGGACAACUCACGACAGAUAUGCAGUAAGCACUUUGAAAGCUAUUGCUUUACUCAGCCAGGGCAACUGCAACCGGAGGCUGCGCCAACGUUGCAUUUGCGGCACAACGAUAGCAAUAUAUUCCUAAACGAUUAUGCCAUAACAGAUGACAGUAAGAUGCUGCGCAUCAAGGAUGAGCCGCUGGACAGCGACGAUCUGAUGCUGUAACAAAAAACACAAAAUUCAAUAAUAACAAUACUAGUAAGAAUACAGGAGGAGAUUAGUCAGGCUGGAAGGAAAGCAUUUGGAAUAGCGUGUCAUCAUAAAUAUAUACUUAUGUGUUAAUCAGAACCCCAUGUGUAUAACCCACAUCAUUUUAGCCUAGUUGUUUAGACCGAGAUGAGACACUUACACAAAUAAGUUAAAUUAUCAGUCGUCUACUGUUUAUAGUGUGCUACUAUUAUGCAUAGUAGUUAAUCUAAUACUAAUUAAUGUAAUCCAGUGA